UUCGACCUCAACAAACGAUCUGCAUUCCCAACAAGUUCUCUGCAACUUGUCCCUCCUAUUGCCCUUCCUAUUGCCCCUCUUCUCACCAUUGAGGAACUUUGACACCAUCGCUAUCGACAUCUCAUCUUCGGUUUCAAGAUGGCUGCUACUACCACCGCCCGUCCUACGGGUGCUUUGAGGCGCAAUGUCACCGCCGACUCGGCCCCCUCGACCAUUGCGAACUCGCCCUCCGAUUCUCCAGCAGGAUCGGCCUCCAACACUUCCCUCUCGUCGCUCGCCUCUGAGGCCGAGGUCGCUGCUAAGCCCACCGGCAAGCUCCUCGACACCUACGGCAACGAGUUCAAGAUCCCCGACUACACCAUUGGCCAGCUCCGCUCUGUCAUCCCCAAGCACUGCUUCGAGCGCUCUGCCGUACGCAGUCUGGGCUACGUUGCUCGCGAUCUUGCCCAGCUCGCGGGUACCUUCUACCUCUUCUACACUUAUGUGACGCCCGAGACCAUUCCCUCGAUGCCCGUCCGCGCUGUCCUGUGGACUCUGUACACCUUCAUGCAAGGUCUGUCUGGAACUGGUCUCUGGGUCAUGGCCCACGAGUGCGGUCAUCAGGCCUUCUCUCCCUCCAAGGUCCUCAACGAUACCGUUGGCUGGAUCUGCCACUCCGCUCUUCUCGUCCCAUACUUCUCUUGGAAGAUCUCCCACGGCAAACACCACAAGGCUACCGGCCACAUGGAGCGCGACAUGGUCUUCGUCCCCAAGACCCGUGAGGUCUACGCUUCCCGUGUCGGCAAGUUUGUCCACGAGCUUCACGAGCUCACCGAAGAGACUCCUAUCGCUACUCUCACCCACAUGGUUGUUCAACAGCUCGGUGGCUGGCCCAUGUACCUAAUCAGCAACGUCACCGGCCACAACUUCCACGAGCGCCAGUCUGAGAGCAAGGGUACCGGCAAGAAGAACGGUCUCUUCAAGGGUGUUAACCACUUCAACCCCGCCUCUCCUCUGUACGAGAGGAAGGACGAGAAGCUCAUCCUCCUCUCUGACGUUGGUAUCGCCAUCACGCUCGCUGCCCUUACCUGGGUCGGCAAGAACUACGGCUUCGCCAACCUCCUCGUCUGGUACAUCAUCCCCUACCUCUGGGUCAACCACUGGCUCGUUGCCAUCACCUUCCUCCAGCACACCGACCCCACUCUUCCUCACUACGACGCUCAGACCUGGACCUACGUUCGCGGAGCCGCUGCUACCAUCGACCGCGAGUUCGGUUUCAUCGGACGCGUUCUCCUCCAUGGCAUCAUCGAGACCCACGUUCUCCACCACUACAUCUCGACCAUCCCCUUCUACAACGCUGAUGAGGCCACUGAGGCUAUCAAGCCUGUCAUGGGCAAGCACUACCGCGCUGACACCGAGGGUGGCUCGAUUGGUUUCCUCAAGUCCAUGUGGAAGAGCGCCCGCAUGUGCCAGUGGGUUGAGCCCACCGAGGGUGCCACCGGCGAGGCCGCUGGUGUUCUCUUCUUCCGCAACCACAACGGUCUUGGUGUCCCACCCGCUAAGAUCAUGGCCCCGGUUGCUCAGACGACUGCUGGCAAGGGCGCGAAGAUGGAGAUCGGCCCUGAGGAGUAGACUGUGUGAUGAGAGUAUGAUCUAGUGCAGAUCAUGCUGUGUUCAUUGAAAAGGCGUUUCGGGGUCGUGGUCAUCUCUUCUUUUCGCUUGGAGUUUGAUCGUUUAGAGCUACAUAGAAGAGGAAAGAGCUCGAUAUCCUGGCUUCCGAGCCAUCUGAGAUGAGAUUUGUAGAUCGACAUGGCAAGAUAAUGAAAAGCAUGAAUAUGUUCAUUACAACAACUCAUCAUGAAGAAGUGACACCUAC